GGUUUUUGAUUUAGAACAAUGGAGAAGUACAUUCGCGUGAAAGAUUUAGAAGAUGCUGCUUUGGCUAUAUUGCCAAAAAAUGCUCGAGAUUAUUAUACGAGCGGUGCAACUGAAGAAUACACAUUGGCAGAGAACAAGAGAGCUUUUCAAAGAUUGCGAAUCCGUCCAAAAUGCUUAGUCGGACUAACAUCUUACAACUUAUCAACUAUCGUCCUAGGAGAAAAAGUGUCAAUGCCCGUAGGAAUAUCUCCUACAGCAAUGCAAAGGAUGGCACAUCCUGAUGGUGAAACUGCUAAUGUUAGGGCCGCACAAGCAAAUGGCGUGAUUUAUACAUUGAGCACAAUCGCGACGAGUUCCAUUGAGGAAGUAGCCGAGGCUGCACCAAAUGCUAUUAAAUGGUUUCAAUUAUACAUUUUCAAUGAUAGAGAUUUGACACGAUCUUUACUUGCAAGAGCUGAAAAAGCUGGAUUCAAAGCAAUAGUUUUAACAGUCGAUACGCCACUUUUUGGUUUAAGAACAGCUGAUAUCCGUAACAAAUUCACUCUUCCAAAACACUUAAAACUUGCUAAUUUCGAGGGUCAAAUAGCCACUAAAGUAAACAGCACAAAUGAUUUCAGUGCAUUAAAUAAUGUCGAUCAUUAUUUAGACAAAUCGUUGACUUGGAAUGAAAUAAAAUGGUUAAAGAGCAUAACAAAGCUCCCUAUAGUGGCGAAAGGAAUUUUACGUGGUGACGAUGCAGUGCGAGCAGUUGAGGCCGGCUGCGAUGGUAUUUUAGUGUCUAACCACGGCGCUCGGCAGCUAGACGGCGUACCAUCGACGAUUGAAGCUUUACCUGAAAUAGUAGAGGCUGUUAAAAAUUACAAUGUGGAAGUGUAUUUAGACGGUGGUGUAUCAACGGGAACAGAUAUUUACAAGGCUCUAGCUUUGGGUGCAAGAAUGGUUUUCGUCGGUCGCCCGGCUCUUUGGGGUCUAACAGUUGGCGGAGAAGCUGGUGUUGACAGAAUGUUGAAUAUAUUAAGAAAAGAAUUAAAGCAUACUGUUCUGAUUGCAGGUACUCCGAGUGUUACAGAUAUUACGAAAGAAAUGGUUCGCCACGAGUCAACUUACAGCAGGCUAUAGAUUAACUGGCGUUUGUUUUAUCAAUUGUUCUGCCUUGCCUGUUAAGUGUGACUUUAAAUAAUUUAGAUUUUGUAAAUGUUGCAAGGCAUCAUUAUUAUAUACUAAAGCGAGGAAAAGAUCGCGAAAUG